AUGUUGGGAGAGUACUCCCUCUGGGGAGGACUGAAGUUUCGCACCAAUAACCAGAACCAAUUUGCUAGUCAUGAUGUGUCAUCUGCCACAGAUCAGCAGACGGCCGCUGCAACCAGUACUGCGCUGGGCGCCGAGUCACGUGGGUCCGGCGGCGGGGACCACCGAGAUGUGCGGCCUCCAGGCGGCCUAGAGGGCCCUUGGCAGCGCGACCUUCUAGAGCCGGCGCCCAGCCCCCGGCUGCCCCACCGAGGUUCUGCUUUCCCAACCCAGAAGACAGUACAUGGAGCCAGGAGACGUACUAUCAGCCAUGACCCAAACAGCUCCGCCUCAGCAUUUCCAUUCCACAAACCUGUUCUCAUCUCCCAGCUGGAGAGAGGGGAAGCGCCAUGGGGUGCAGAUCCCUGGGAGACAGAGGUUUUGCUCAACCUCAGUCCUGGUGGUAAAUCCUGGAUCAAGAGUGAAGAGCCACUUAUAAAGCAGGAAGCCUCUGAAGAGACAGAGCUACACAGCAUGCCCAAGGGAGAAGGGCCCAGAAACAAUACUCAGCAUUUUGGUUUUAAAAGCAAGGCACUAAGACAGACUUUCAGUCUAAAUCCAAAUCUGAUACUUCGAGGUGGAAUGAAGUUCUAUAAAUGUAAAGAAUGUGGGAAGAUCUUCAGAUUCAACUCAAAGCUUCUUCGGCAUCAGAUGAGUCACACUGAAGAAAAGCCCUUCAAAUGUAAGGAAUGUGGCAAAGCUUUCAAGUCUAGCUAUGACUGUAUUGUCCAUGAGAAAAACCACAUUGGAGAGGGGCCCUAUGAAUGUAAGGAGUGUGGCAAAGGUCUGAGCUCCAGCACGGCUUUGACUCUGCACCAGAGGAUCCACACUGGAGAGAAGCCCUAUGAGUGCAAGGAGUGUGGCAAGGCCUUCCGCCGUAGCGCGGCCUUUGUUCAGCACCAGAGGUUGCACACAGGGGAGAAGCUCUAUAAAUGUAAGGAGUGCUGGAAAGCUUUUGGGUGUAGGUCACUUUUUAUUGUCCAUCAGAGAAUUCAUACCGGGGAGAAACCCUACCAGUGUAAGGAGUGUGGUAAAGCCUUCACUCAGAAAAUAACCUCCAUUCGGCAUCAGACAGUUCACACCAGGGAGAAGCCUUAUGAAUGUAAAGUGUGUGGAAAAGCUUUCAAAUGGUACGCAAGUUCUGUUCAGCAUCAGAAGUUACACCCAGUCGAGGAGAAGCCCGUCAAGGCUCUUGAGCCAAGCCUGAGCAAACCCCAGUGCCCUUCUCCAGCCUUAGCACCAGCCUUAGUACCAGUUCCUGUCCAGGGGUCAUGCCCUGCUCCCGCUGUGGUUGUGCCUUCACUCACCUUUCCAAAUGCUGUUCUCAUUCCUACCUCUGGGCCUUUGUUCAUGCUGCUGCCUAUAUCUGGAAUACCUUCUUCAUCUACCCAAAUAGUCCAUGUUUUUCAGAGUUUUACUCCUUCUGUGAAGCCCACCCCAAUUAUUCUGAUCCCAUCUCACUCCUCUUGA